AUCAAAUAGAGCAAAAUGACAUCACAACCGCUAUAACUACGCAACACGACUCAAUAGCGACAGUAACAUAAACAAAAGAAAAAUAUUAUCUUCAGAUUCUAAAUAAGUUGAAGUGGAUCAAAAAUAAAGAAAACUCAUGGCGUAUCUUGACGAAGUAAUGAACUUUGCCAACAAAAGGUUAGCAAAAAGUUGGUUUAUCCGGAGAAAUAGAAAGAUUACAGAAGAAGAGCCUCCAAAGAGAGAGGAUAAAGAACUGGGUAUCAGUGAAGAGAUUGAGUUAAUCUACUGCAACCGUGAACUCCUGAAAAUUCAAGAAUUUCAUGACAUUAGGAAGGACGAGUUACAAAGCCUCAAACGCACUGUAACGGACUGUAGGAAGGAAAAACGAGCCCUAGAUCAAUACAUCAGCAUUAUUAGUUGCCGAGUUCGACAUCAAAAGCAGCAGUGUGGACAUUGCAUUUGUAACAUUUGUCAGACUGAGUCUAGAGUUCUGGACUUGUCUGUGUACCAGAGGGGUGAAUCGCAGUUUUCAACGAUAGAAGAAAUGCGAUACAACAUUGAAUAGAUUUGACCUAUUAUUGCAUUGAAAGACAAUUGUCACGUUUUACUGC